AAUAUGAGUACGGAUGGACCUGUUGUCAAUGUGCACGUGCUGUUUUUUGCCAAAUCUCGGGAAUUAGCCAAUACCACCCGAUCGAAAGUGGAUGUGCCAACCGAAAUCAUUGCCUCCGAUCUGCUGGACCAGCUGGUGUCCAGAUUUGGCCUGACCUCCAUCCGGGAUAACCUGAUUUUGGCCCACAACGAGUCGUAUAUUGAUAACCUGAGUGAUAGAAUUCUGUUCAAGGAGGGAGACGAACUGGCCAUCAUACCGCCCCUCAGUGGAGGCUAACACAUUCACCAUGGAUCACGUUAAACUCGUUAAC